GUGGAGAAAGUGAGUACUGCGCCAUACUGAAGGGCGCGACGCAUGCGUUCGGUCUGCAGCCCAGUCUGUACGAUUUCGGCGUCAGGCAUCUGUCUCCGAUCAAGCUGGCCUUGGCGCCGGUAGAGUUGCGCAGUGACAGUGUGGCUGCCGAG